AUGUCCCAUCGGGGGUCCCGCGGGCCAGGGCGUCGUGGGAACCGGGACUGUCAGUCCUGGAAUGGAGGGUCGCGGCACGGGACGAGAGGGAGACCCACAGGAGACCCGCGCCCUCGGGAGCUAACACCAGCCGGGCCUCCUCCCCGCGCCGGGCACCUGAACGGCGGCCGCUGCCCUCGGGACCGGGGGCCGAGCUGCUACCCGCGGCGCGGGCGUCCCUUCACGCCAAGGCAGGGACCCAACAAUAUCCGGGCUAGAGAAGUUGGGGGCGCGCGCGGGAGGCUGAGGCGGGGUCCGCGGAACGCCGUGGGAGCGACCCAAACGGACGGCUGCCAGGACUUACCGAGAGGUUCCCGCAUACUGUCCCGCGCCGAAGCCGCUGCCGCUUCGGCCGGCCGGGGACCAGCACGAGCCACCCCGCCUGCUACUACUCGGCGGAGCAUGCUCGGAGCACAGCCGUACGCCCCGCCCUUCGCCCCGCACAGUCCCGCCCACCGCCCAGCAUCGCUCCGCCCACCGCCCGACCAGAGGGAGAAGGCUGCACCUGGACCCAGGCGCUGAUGAGCACUUCAGAGAGGGACAGCACAACUGGCACAGGGCUGUCCAUCGUUUUCCCUCAUCUUCUGUCACUGUGGUGUUUGGACCAUGUCAACCCUGGACAGGCCAAAGAUCUGCGGGUUGUUCAACAUACAAGACUGAAUGUCUCGGUGGUCCCAUUGUGAUGCUGGACUUCCAGACAGGUCCCAGAGAGCUUCAGAUUUCUCAUCUACAUUGGAAUCCUGAAGACUGAAGUUCUCAAACCACUGAGGAAAUGGAUCAGAUUCAGUGAGACGGAGGGCGAGGAGGUGAAAAGCAAAGCUUCCUUCUUCCCUGUCCUUGUAGGUGGCCUGCCACCAAAAGUUGUGUCCAGAUUUAGGGUGGGACUUCUGACCUUAAAUGAUCCAACCAAGAAAAACCCCUUACAGGCGUGCCUAGCUGCUGGGGUUUGGGUUAAUUCCACAUGUGGUUGAGUUGACAACCAAGACGAACCUCUGAACACACCCACAAGUACCUCUUUUCUAAGCCUAUGAUCACAAGUGUGUGUAGACCCAGACUCCCCGUAGAGUAUGUACAUCCGUGUCACACUUACGUGAGUCUGUCUUACUCACAGGCAGCCAAACGCUCUGCACGACUUUAUCAGCCAUUGACCUGAAAGGAGCUGUGUCUUCCCAGAGAACAUGGUGUUGUUGAGUUUCUGGCCCAACUCCACCAAAGUUUCAUAAUGAAGUAAAGACGCCAUGUAGUUGCAGUCUAAAAGCAACACUGAUGCGAGACAAAGACACUGAACCGGAAAGGAAGACUGGCAAGACAGAUUUAAUCAGAGAAAGUAGUGAGACUGAAGUCCUUCCAUUCAAAAGAAGGCGCAACCACAGAUUCAAGGAUUUUCGUGUUUCCCAGUCCCUCCUGGACCCCUCCCUGAGCCUUUAGCUUCCCCUUCAUUCGUGACUGGUGUAUCCCCUGCCCUGCUCCAGUGCACUGUAGCAAGACCUUACCUAGGCGAUAUUUCACACAAAAAGAGAAGGCAAACUGGUUAGGAGAGGAGAGAGUAGUAGCAUGGGUGGAGGCGGGGAGAGUUUGAAGACCUGAGAACAGGAGGGUAAGGUUGAAAAGGAAGCAUAUGAGUGUGAUUGGCCCCUCGUUAAACAACAGAUAUAAGGAGACCAGGCAGUGUGACAGGUGGUGGGGACAGUCUCUUCAGCGAAUUUCCACAUUGGUCACCAGUGUGCAUACAUGAUGUGAAAUAGACAUACAUCAGUUAAGUAUCUAGAGCUUGAACCCCAGCACCCAGGAGGCUGAAGCAGGAGGAUGACUACUAGAUCAAGUCAGCCUGACUACGUAACAAGACCCUGCCACAAAGACUAAUAAACACAUAAAUAAAAUG